CUGUUCCACGAUCCAAUAAGAGAGAAAGUAUCCCUAGUGGUUGGCCUGAAGGCAAUAUCAUAUUCGCUUCGCAUAAUAGAGGCAAAUAUCUUGGAGCCGGAGAUGGCUUGGAGGCGCUUUCUUAUACAAUCGCAUUUAUGUACAACCAGAACAAGGCGUAUUGGCGCAUUGCCGAGGAUCCGUACCAGGCUAUUUAUCAGAAAGAAAGAAAGCCCACUUAUCUGUUUGAUAAGCUUUCACAACUAUUUCUAGACUUUUUUGAUUAUGUCUACGAUCUUGACAUCACGGUGACACCGGACUACGAAUAUUGGCAUGAUUUAUUCCUAGAGACUGCGGAAACUUGGUGUUCUCAGCCAAGAAAACACCUUCCAGAAACAUCGCAAGGAAGCCCUAAUCAUAGCCUUGAGUCUAAACGCGGUAUACGACGUCGUCGAAUUGAACAACAGGCCUGGUGA